ACAGAAAACAAAAAUAUAUAAUGAGGAGGCAGAGGGUAAGAGAAUUAGGAGAAGGAAGCUCAAUGUCGUCGUGGAAGGAACAGCGAAACCUCAGAGAGAAAAAGCGACGAAUGCACAUGAAGCAUCUCUUCUCUAUACUCUCUUCUCAUGUUUCUCCCACUCAUAGGUUAUCGGUGCCUCAACUUAUAGACCAUUCGGCAUCAUACAUGAUCCAACUAAAAGAGAAGGUAAGCAAUUUGAGGGAGAAGAAAAAGACCUUGUUAGGAGAAGUCGUGAAUCACUCUGAAGAGUCAUCGUCCCUUCUGCCGAAACUCAGUAUUUAUUCACAAGAUUCGAUCAUAAAAAUGAAUCUGAUUAUGGAUGUGAACACGAAAAGAGUAUCGCUGCAUGAGCUUGUAAGCGUUUUUGAAGAAGAAGGAGCUGAAGUUAUGAGUGCUAAUCUUCAGAACUUGAACGAUAGGAUCACUUACACAAUCACAGCUCAGGUACGUAUUAGUACGUAUCCACACAUAUGUAUAUGUACACUCACAAGCACAUGCAUGUGUGUCAGUGUCACGUUCUUUUUAGUCAUAGUUUUGUUUAUGCAUGUACGUAAGUAAUCACCUAAAAAUGAAUAUUUGCAGGCCAUCAUAUGUCGGAUCGGCAUCGAUCCCGUAAGGAUUGAAGAGAGACUAAGGGAUAUCAUCUUCUGAUAGCAUUAUCAAUGUUGUAUCCUGAAUUAUUGAUAACGAAGUCGCAAUAUUUUUACUUUUAAAAAGCCUUUAGUCAAAAAAACAUAUUUUGACUUUUUAGGGUGUAUUUGUUCAAAUGUAUUAAAUUGUUUU